GUAUAUGCGUGCGCUCUGAUAUUCUGGGAAAUUGUGACUUGGGCCGAACAAGGCUACCCAUACCAGAAUCUUUCGGAACAUCAAUUAUAUGAAGCAGUAAGAGAUAAAGGUUUGCGCCCUCCAACCGAUGCUUUAAGGAAAUAUCCUCAACUUCUUGAAUUAGUAGAGGAGAUGUGGAAGAAGGAUCCUGCUAAGGCAACGACCGAGUAUGGCGAAUGUAGUCGAAAGACUGGUGAAAUUCUUAUCUUAAGCUCAUAG